UGACUGUAGAUAAUUUUUUACCCUUUACAGCUAAAUGAUGGAAGUGAAUCAGCCUGGCAAGCUUUUCAUUGGUGGGCUAAGCAGAGAAGCCAAUGAAAAGACGCUUAAAGCAGUAUUUGGGAAACAUGGUCCCUUGUCGGAAGUUAUUUGGAAGAAAGAUCGAAAAAACAAGUGUAGAGGCUUUGCAUUUAUUACUUUUGAGAACCCUGCAGAUGCUAAGAAUGCUGCCAAAGAUAUGAAUGGAAAGUUUUUAUAUGGAAAAGCAAUAAAAGUAGAACAAGCCAACAAACCAUCCUUUGAAAGUGGUGGUACGUGGAGGAUAUCACCUCCUUCAAGACACAGAAGCCCUUUGGGAAGUCUGAAAUCUAUAAGAAGUAGUAGUGGAGGAACAAGAGGGCGGCAUCAUUCACGUGGAGGACACUUGGGUGAUGGCAGAUACACUCUUGAUCUCCACAUGAGUUCUUCUAGGGGAACGUUUGGAGUUAAAAGAGAUCCAUCUUCAAGAAUUGGAAGUCCUCCUCCUAAAAAAUCUGCUCCUUCGACUGUGGCAAGAAGCAAUGGUGGGAUGGGAGGCCAAGGUCCCAUGUCACGUGGAAGAGAGAGCUACGCAGGUCCUUUACGCAGACAGCCAUUCUCCUGGAGAAACGACAGUAUGUCACCAAGAGAUGAUGCUUAUGCAACUAAGGAUAGAAAUCAUCCAAGUUUUCGAGACACCAGGUGUUAUGCUCCACCACGUAAAGACUAUGCACGGUGUGAUUAUGGUCGUUCUCGCCGUGAUGAACAUUCCUCUAGAGGAUACAGUGAAUAUGAUGGCCGUCGUAGAGAUGAUUCGGGACAUCCAAGUAGAUGUUCUUACAGAGAUGCAUAUCAGAGUUAUUGUAAGAGUCCAGAUCAGCAAUAUGCAGUACCAUCUUUCUGGCCUGCCAAAGCAAGAGAGAUGUUUCAUGUGUUUGCUGUGGAUCAACGGCUUGCAACUGUCAGGAUGCUGGUUAAGGUGUGGGACAUCCAAGCACCCAAUUCCAAAGUGCACACUGCCAGUGCCGCCUGGCACAAGCUUUGA